UCAAAUUCUAUCCACGAUCGGAUCGUUGCCGUUUUGUCGUCACGGAUUUCUCGAUUCUUUCUUUACCAAAUAUCUAAUAAGAAUAACUUUAUUACAUUGAGUAAUGAGUAGUGUUGAACUAUUGACUCUUUAAUGAAACUUCUUGAUCGUGGUACUCUGUUACUAUGUCUACGUUCUCCGGUUUUAGUGAAGAAGAGUUGAAACGAAUCAAGUCCGGUGAAACUGGCUCAAACAGCGCUCCUCAAAUAAACACAACAAAUGUGAAGAAGCUAGACAAACUAGGUUUCAGACCAAAGAGAGCCACAAACCAAUACAAACUGCCGAUCCUACAGAAACACAACUCCGAUGAUGCUAUCGAUGACAUUGAGUUCGACAAAUGUAAACUCAGCCUUAGAUCUCCAACAACACCGGUACGAGACAUUACAGAAACUACCAAUGACAAUAACAAAGAGAAUCUUGAUAAAAACGACAACAUCAAAACAGAAGUUAAUAAAGAAAAUAAUACAGAACCAGUAAAUACAAGUAGUAAUAAAAUGGAUGAUGAAAAUAAAGAUACAGUUAGUAUAGAUAGGAAAAACAGCACAGAUGUCACACCGGAUAUUGUAAGGGGUGUUGAUAAUUAUUCAGCAGAUGAACUUGAGAACCAUAAGGUUAAGCUUGAAGAAUUGCAGCUGAGACAGAAACUGAUGGAAGAACAGAAUAAGAAAAGAAAGGAGAUGCUUGCUAAAGCACUGGCUGAUAGGACCAAACAAACAACUGAGGAGGUGAUGAGAUUAGAGAAAAUCAAGAAGGAACUACAAGUAUUGGACAGCCAGUUCUCACAAGACGUGGCGGUGUUGAGGCAGAAGAUUGACCAAGCCUGCUUGAGUUAUGCUGAUGCUGAAAAACAUUACCUAAAAGUCGAAAAAGAGUUCCUGCAAGCGAAAAUCCAUUUACAAAAAGAGAAAGAAAAGAAAGAGUUACUAACAGAACACUUAUGUGCGUUAAUCACACACAACGAAACUAGGAAAGCUCAGAAGUUAGAAACUUUAAUGUUAGAACUAGCGACAGAUAAAAAAGUCGAUCAAAUAGAAGUCAGUGAUGUGAAAGUUGAAGAGAAAGAUGAAAGUCCAGUGAUAGUUGAUGGUGUUGAUGAACGAACUGGUAAGAUGGUUGAAUUUACACCUGAAAGUUAAUAUUUUUAUCAUAAUAUUUAAACAUCGAAUAUUAACAACAGAAUUUGUUUCUUUUAUAAAAGUGAUAGCUACAGAGGCCUUGUCAAAAAAGUUUUAAUAUUGCCUAUUGGCAAUACAGGGGCCCGAUUCCCCUAAUUUUACUUAAGCAACAUACGAUUCACGUUCAACUCGAUUCGACUGAGAUCCGAUCCCGACUCGAUUACGAUUG